AUGGCACGCGAAGGUGUUUAUAAGAGACGUUGGCAAACACGAUCCCUAACACCGCUCGCCGUGGGUCCAAACUGGAAAGCACCUAGUCUGCGAACCAGCUAUUCCAGGGAUUUUACCCAACAAGCCAUCAACAUUAGACUUCUAAGCAGUUCCACACCAUCCAGAAAUACACAAAGACUAUGCCAGAAGCAGGAAAAGCUCUUAUUUUGUCCACAGCAAUCCGACGAAAGGGGGGAAGUUGUUCAUACAAAACAAAGUACCUUCGGAAGGUCUUCCAAGAUUCGAAUGAUGAGAGUGGAUUCACCAGAGCGGUCUACUAUACCUGUAAUCAGAGUUGUAUCUUCUCUUGACAAAAAAGACAAUCUCGGGACCUUCCAAACAGACCAAUUCGAUUACGACUUUGCGGAUUCGCAUCUCACUGACCUAACGUACUGUUAUUGCCCGGAGAUAGCGGCUGAUAUAGAACUAGCAUCAAUGAAUGAUACACCUCCUAAUUCGGAUUCCGCUUUCGGAAAUUACUUAUGCUCACUUGAGCCAAUAGAAAAACUACCAGAACUCAAUAGAGAUAUGCUUUCUGAUGCUUUUAUUGAAUUAGAGAAGUGCACAACUCUUCAGUCUGCUACAGAGAUUGAAGCGAUGGAAUGUGACAGGCCUGAUGUGAAAGAUGACAAUCUUUCGCCUUUGGAUAGCCCUCAGCUUCACAACAUCUUUUCGUCACAAUCCCUUGAAGAUCUUGCCAAUGGACCCGAAUGGGAAGAGAUUUUAUCGCAGCAGGACACCCUGAUCAAGCAGCUUGUGGAAAUUGUCGAUAACCAAUCGGGAAGGCAAGCCUGUGAAGAGAAAAAGGCGAAAAACGCAAAAGCGUCAUCAACGGAUACCACAUCUCCGACCAAGGAUUGUGAGCUUCAGUCCUCCACGACCCAGUGCAACUUCGCCGAGGACAGAGAGAAGGAUCGACGGCAACGCAAUAACGUGGCCUCGCGGAAGUCGAGGGCCAUGAAGAAGGAGCGCUUCGCUGCGAUGCAGAGCGAGAUUGACAAGCUUCGUGUUGCCAAUCGCAAGCUAAAGGCGUUUGUGGACGAACUGGACUCGGUCAUCGACGAGGCUAAGGCUAUUGUCCUUCCACCAAAUAGUCCAUCAAAGUAG